GAGUGUGAAUGUGUCUGAUUUCACGGGCAGUGAGUGAGUGUACCUGUAUUUAGGAAGUCUCUGUAUCUGAGUGAUAAUUACAGUUAAAUCAAUGGAUGAUCGAGAGCUUGAUCUCACUGAGGCUCAGAAGAAGAUAAAAUCCAAAUAUCCUCCAAUCAACAAGAAGUAUGAGUAUCUGGAUCACACUGCAGAUGUUCAGCUGCACUCUUGGGGUGACUCUCUGGAGGAGGCGUUUGAGCAGUGUGCGAUGGCCAUGUUCGGCUACAUGACCGAUACAGAAACGGUUGAACCCACAGAUACUAUAGAGGUUGAAUCUGAAGGGGAAGACCUGGAAUCACUUCUGUUCCAUUUCCUAGACGACUGGCUCUUCAAGUUCAGUGCUGAUGUUUUCUUUAUCCCAAGGGAGGUGAAAGUUGUGCACUUGGAUCGAAUGGGCUUCAAAAUUCGUUCAAUAGGCUGGGGGGAGGAGUUCAGCCUGAACAAACAUCCGCAGGGCACGGAGGUGAAAGCUAUCACCUAUUCAGCCAUGCAGAUCCGUGAUGAUGAUGAAAAAUCAGAAAUCCUCGUCAUAAUCGACAUCUGAGCAGGAGGAGGCGGAGCAGAGACAGCAUGUCUUACUAAGUGCUGAGGUGUGAAGAGCAUAUAUUUAUGACUGUAUAAUUCACUGCUAUUGCCUGUAAUUUUGGUGUGGUUUAAAUGAAUAAUGCUGCUUAAGGGAGGCUGGGUGACUCUGAAGAGAUGCUCUUUUAUUGUUUAAGGAAGUUUUUAUUUAUGUUUUCAGACUGUGUACACAGGAUAAAAUUAACAAGAACUCAAUGAGUUGUUUACAUGCACGAACAAAUCCAUUCAUAAUAAUAUUACAGCAGAUAUCAGUUUAUUGUUCCAGUGCUCAUGUAAACAGCAUACUCCCAAUUUCUAGGGUAAGGUAAAAAAAAUCUCUAAUCUAAUUAACACUGCUUAAGGGAGACCAGAUGACUCUAAAGAGAUGCUCUGUUAUUUUUAAUUUUCUUUUCCAACUGUGUUUGCUAUUUUUAAACCUCCAUCCGAUUACCUCAUCUUAACUACAUGCUAAAGGCCUGACGGAGGCUAUUUUUAUGGGGCUGUGGAGCAGACAUCUUUCACUUCCUGGCAGGUCAAUCCUAACUUCUGGUUACCUGCUUUUGUAUGUUUUUUUUUAUUAUUAAAUUCACGUCUGAGAAAUGUAAUAAAGUCUUUCUUUUUA